AAAGACGUAAAAGAUAACUAUCUCAUUCUGUAAUAACCAGCGCGUGAACAAGUGAGAGGGCUAUUUAUUCAAGAACAUUCAAGUUGCGUAAGGACAUCACGAAAAUACUAACAUAACAACUCCGCUACACAUACAAUGGAGAAGUGUUCCUAUCAUCCGGCCGCAGCUUAUGAGCGACCACCGCUCAAAAGUCCGAUGGUGAAGAGAAGAAAGAACGGAACAACUUCUAGUGUUAAAAAUGUUCAAAUUGCAGUUCUGGGAAAGGACGGUGUAGGAAAAUCAGCAUUUACAGUUAGAGCUCUCACCAGACGUUUCAUUGGGGAAUACGACAAAACAUUAGAAUCUACAUAUCGUCAUCAUGUAGAGCUCGACGGUCAGUUUCUGUCUCUAGACGUCUUGGACACAGCAGGAAAGAACUCUUUAGAAAAGAUCGAUAAGUGCGUCCACACAGGAUCAGACUUAUUUUUCGUCCUCUACUCCACAAUCGACCGAUCCUCGUUCGAGGAAGCCUCCUUGCUCUGUCAGUACCUCCUGAAAACCAAAAACGUGAAUCCGGCUUGCUUAAUUCUUGUCGGCAACAAAAGCGACCUGAAGCAUUUCCGAGAAGUAGAUGAAUAUGAAGGACGUCUAUUGGCUCAAGCCCUGGAGUGUGGUUUCUACCAGCUGUCGGUAUCGGAAGGAUUCGAUGACUCUCAAAAUGUUCUUUACAGUACCCUCAGGCAGUACGUGAAUACACAGAAACACGGAUCGCCUUCCAUCAGAUUGUUUAUUGACAAUGUAUUGAGUCGGAAAAAGUCAGUAACUUAGUCUGUGUUUAUUCGCACGCGAAUGUAUUGUAUCAGUAUUUUUUUUAGGUAGG